UGUGUUCGUAUAUGCGUGCGUGCGGCGUUUUGUUGCUUCAUCUUCAGCCGCGAGUUUGUUCCCGAUUGAUUUACCAGAUAGAAAGACACAAACCAAACAAUCCCACAAAUGUGCUCGUGCGCUGUACUACAAAGUACUUUGAAUGUGGCGAUGUCUAAACCAAAAGCUUUUUCAGAUGUUGGCCUUGAAAAGUAAAAGCUUUUCAAUAGACGUGUCAGCCUCGAGUGGACUCACUGCACAUGUUUAGAUGUGGGUGAAAUCAUCAAAGUAGAGAUCGUGUGUAUUCCUCAACCUAACAACAUCUUCAGCCAUUAAAUGUUCGCACCUCUGGUACACCAAAUGCUGUCUAGCUUACCAUGGCGCCAUUACUGUGUCUCAUCUUCUCUGUGCUCGGUCUGGCUGUUGUGGGAGGGGUGAAGAACUGCCAUCCUAAAUGUCGAUGUGAAGUGGAGAGCUACGGUCUCUUCGACAGUUUCAGCCUGACCAAGGUGGACUGCAGUGGGAUCGGCCCCGCAGCCGCUCCGGUCCCCAUCCCUCUGGACACCUCCCAUCUCGACCUCUCCUUAAACUCCAUCAGCUCCAUCACAGACUCCAUGCUCUCUGGACCAGGCUACACUACAUUGGUUAGCCUGGACCUAAGCAACAAUCUCAUAAGUUACAUCAAUCCCAAAGCGUUCCUUAAGCUUCGUUACUUGGAGAGCUUAGAUCUGAGCAAGAACGCUCUUGAGAGUCUCAGCGAUAGCUGCCUCGCUGGUGUGCCUCUGGUCGAGGUGGACCUGAGUGAAAACCGAUUCAAGGACUUCAACUUGGAUCUCUUCACCACCAGGAUACAGGACAUGCCAAUCAUGGUGGACCUAUCCAAAAACCUUCUCACCUCCAUAUCUAGGAAAACACCUAGCCAUCCACUGUACAUCAAGAGUCUGAUGCUCGCAGGAAACAGAUUGAGAACCGUACCAAUGCUGAAAGGAGUUCCUCUCCAGUAUCUCAACCUGGAUGGCAAUCUCAUUUCCAGUAUUGGCGCAGGAGCAUUUGAAUCACUGACCGAACUCAUUUACCUGUCGCUUAGCGGCUUGCCUGAACUCAAAGUGAUACAAGCAGGUGCGUUUAAGGGCCUGAAGAACCUACAGGUCUUAGAUCUUUCAAGCAACAGCCAACUCAAGUCAUUGGGCUCAGAUGUAUUCACUGGCCUUGUUUCAUUGCAAGAGCUAAAUUUGUCCAAUACUGCUGUCACCCCUUUGUCAAGGACUGUUCUUACUCAAAUGCCAAGUAUAAAAAGUAUAACUUUAGGGCCAGAUGUGCAUUGCUGGAUGACACAUAAGCAAGGACAGUUUCAUAGACAGAUAGGACAGGGCAAACACAACGAUAUACUUACCUGUGAUUCUGCAGGUAUGAUCUUAUGAGCCAGGAAAGACAUAAAUGAACUAUUUUACCUUUGUGCCUUAAUUGUACUAUGCAAGAUUUUAUUUUUUCUACAUUGCAUUGUUCUUGCACAUACUUUUACAUAAGGUCCAAUAUUUUACACGUGUGUUCGUUGCAUUCCAAAACACAAAGUAUAUUUUACAAACCCAUGCACUUUAGAUUCCAGUUCUGUUGUGCUUGUAUUAAUAAGUCACUUUUGAGAUAUUUACUGUGUCUUGUGUUCUCAUUUUGGAUUAAGUGGAUUGUAUGUUUGUACUUAAAGAUGUUGCAAACCAAAGUAGCUGUUUCAAAUCUGUGCAUUACAAAUAUAUACAUUCAUUUAGUGAUGUAGCACAACUGAUAAUGUGCUCUAUGCUAUGUUCUGGAACUUUACUUUUAAUGAGGUUAAUAUUUUAACAUCUAUCAGGCAAUAUCAAUGUGUGAUUUUAAGGGUAUUAAGUUACAGAAUGAUUUAUAGUGAGCCUUCAUGACUGGUGAAUAUUUUGGUAUAAGUUUAACUUUAAUUGGCCAGUUUAACAUGCAAUACAUGGACAUUUAGUUUAGCCAUUUGAAUAAACUAAAACAAAACAUUUUUUUACCGUAACUGUAUUUAGUUCACCAGAAAAAAUGUAUUUUUUAAUAUUGAACCAUAAAACGUGAUUUAUAAAAUAUGUGACUGGGAAAUAUAAUUUUGCAUCACUUUAUUGUUUCAUCACAGAUGUUUAGAAAGACGCUAAAAUUAUGCACUUUUAAUGUUCUCGUGAGGUGAUUUAAAAAGAAAUCAUGAUGGUUGUUCAUCAUGUUGGAAAUGUUUUAUAUUUGUACAAAGUUUUACUCUCUUAAUAAAUAAUUAACUUUA